GACGUCAGGCAUGCUCUCUUGUGGAUGAGUCCGCGAGCAAUAAGCGCUCCGGAUAGAGUGAAGAAGAACAGAUGCAAGCGACGCCGAAUGAGAGUUUGGCGCAACUUUGAUGAAGACCGGAGCACGGAGCGGUGUCACACACAGGGACUGUCCUCCUUAUUUAAACCGGUACAUCACUACGGACAGCGUCACCCCUUCUCCAUUAUUUGGCUUGGAUCUUAUAAGAGGAGACAACGAAUCUGUUUAAUCGGAAUCGUGUUAAUAAGGUUUUUUUGUUUGACUGCUGAUCAGCCAUGAUCCUGAACACCUCUGACCUGGGCUGGGAUGAGUCCUCAGGUGCAGACACCAUCUUCCCUCUAGACCAACUGGAUAGUUCACCUCCGUAUGAAGUUACGCCCCUCACAGUGUGGGGCGUUGCACUGUGUGUUUCAGGAACUGUCAUUGCCACUGAAAAUGCAAUAGUUGUCACCACCAUCUUGGCCACCCCGUCUUUCCGCGCCCCUGUUUUCCUGCUGCUGGCAAGCCUCGGACUGGCUGAUCUCCUGGCAGGUGUUGCUUUGGUCCUGCACUUCCUCUUCCUGUUCUGCGUAGAGCCCAGCGAUUGGUCAGAAUUGCUGACCUCAGGACUGCUGGUGACAUCACUGACUGCCUCACUCUGUAGCCUGAUGGGUGUUGCUUUGGACCGAUACCUGUCUUUAAGCCACGCCCUCACCUAUGGUUCGAGCCAAUCACGUCGCAGAGCCGCCAUCCUCCUGCUGCUGGUCUGGUUGGGUGCAUGUGUCAUUGGGGCGGGACCUGCAAUGGGAUGGCACUGUCUGGGAGAGCCAAACUCCUGUUCUGUAGCACGACCUCUGACCCGGACAUAUCUAUCGCUGCUAUGUGGUGGCUUCCUGGUAGUUGUCAUGGUAACCCUGCAAUUGUAUGCUGGGAUCUGCCGUGUAGCAAGGCGGCAUGCCCACGCCAUCGCUACCCAGAGGCACUUCCUCCCUGCCAACCAAUCAUACGCAAGCAAACACAGCAGUGGGAGAGGCUUCUCUCAGUUGAUCCUGGUCCUCAGUGUGUUUGUGGGCUGCUGGAUGCCUUUCUCCCUCUGGGGGAUGCUGGGAGAUGCGUCCAGUCCUCCUCUGUACACCUAUGCCACCUUGGUUCCGGCGGCAGGCGGCUCGCUGCUGAACCCAAUACUCUACAGUCUGAGAAACAAAGACAUUCGCAAGGUGCUGCUCCAGGCCUGCUGCCCCAACAGAUGCACACACAACACACACAUACACUACCCUGUUGAUGUGUAGACCGCUAAACCUCGCCAGACUCAAGCCACCACACAACCUAUGCCAGACAUAUCACUGUUUGUGUGCCAAGAUACACACAUAGCUGCACUGACUAUCAUCCAGAUCCAGAACAUGAAGUCUCUCUCUCUCUCUCUCUCUCUCACACACACACACACACACACACACACACACACAGAGAUGAAGUCCUUCUGCAAAUCAGAAUGUCCUGAACUGUCCUGGCUGGCAGCCAUCUUGGGACUAAAGACUAAAUGUACUGUCUUGUAUGUACUUUGUGCCUCAUCCUCAGUCAAUUGUAGGUCCACAGACUGACACAAUCACAGGGAUGCUAUAUGUAUCCCCACUCAUAAAAGGUGGAUUUAAUGACCAUCCGCACUUUAAGAUGAGAGGAAGGGACGGGUUUUAAAUAAAUAAAUAAAUUAUUAUUAAUUAAUUAAUAAUAAGCCUAUCACAGUGCAAUGACAUAUGUGAUCCAAAGCCCAAUUUUAUUUACUUGAAUGUCUAGAAAACACAGUGUUCUAGAUCUUUGAGAUUCUAUUUUGCACAUGCUGUUAAGGCACUUUGAAAGGUACUGACCAUAUGUUCGUGUUCCACAGCAUUUUUGAAAUGAAUGAAUAUUUUAUACAGAUGAAUAAUAAAAAUGCUUUUUUCUAA